AUGUUCCCGUUGAAUGCUGCUGCAUUUGCAGCCGCUCAUGCGGCUGCUACCACUUCCGGAUCAACAUUUGGAACAACAGCAGUAAUUACUGGAUUAUCAGGGUCAAACUCUACUAAUUCAUUGAGGACAUCACAAUUUCUAGCUACAACUGCUAUUGGUACUACUAGUACUACUAUUGCCACUCCUACAACUGCUAGUUUCAUCAGCAAUAAAUAUGAAUUAUUAAAGCCAAAUAUAUUUGAUGGUACAGGAGUAGGUAACUGUCACAACUAUCCUUCAUCAUCUUGGACCGAUCAUUUACCAUUGCUCGGCGGAUACCAUUGUGCCUCACCAGCAUUUGAUACAUCAUAUUCCUCUUCGUGCACCACAUCUUAUCCAUUCUAUGAUCAGAGUGCAUUUAACACACACCAACCUUAUCUUACAUCAUCUGCUGCUCCAUUUGGGUUUGAGAUAAUCAAUGCACCAAUUGGUGGUUGUGCUCAGGUUGGGAAGAAUUUAGAGCCACCGCUACUGCCUACUUCGUCACAUUAUAAUAAAUCUGAAAAUGAGGAGGAUAUUAACGAUUCCAGUGUUAUCAGUAAAGGAACAAGCGAAGAUAUUACCGAUGUUCUCAACGAAAAUGAAACAUUUAAUGAAGAUGAAGGAGAAAAGGGUAAAAAGAAACGGCGCAAACGACGGGUAUUGUUCACGAAAUUGCAAACUUUUGAACUUGAAAGGAGAUUUCGCACGCAAAGGUAUCUUUCGGCACCUGAACGUGAACAACUUGCCACGCAAAUCCAUUUAACACCUACACAAGUGAAAAUUUGGUUCCAAAAUCACAGGUACAAAACAAAGAAAACUUGUCAGGAUAAGGGAUUAAAUGGUUGUUUGGCGCAGAGUAAUAUGUCAAUGCCAACUGUUAAUUUCUCACAAUCAAAACGCAUUCCGGUGCAAAUGUUGGUACAUGAUGGAAAACCAUGUCCUGCAGAUUUUGUUACCGGUACUUAUCCUGCAUCAAAUACACUUUCUGGUUCAUGUACACCCAAUGGAAAUUAUUUUACAUCAACCAGUUCUAUUUUGCCUUCCAAUUCACAUUACUAUAUGCCAAAUGGAUGGGCUUAG